CGAAGUUUGAAGUUUGACCAAUCAGAACUACGAAGGUUUAACGCUUUAUCUCACUCGCGCGAAGUUGAAUAUUACAUUUUGGGAGGUUAGAAUUGCGUACAGUGACUACUGGUACCGGGCUUCCACUCAUCGUACAGGAUGACGAGACAUUAGCUGAUAAUUUCGCCUCCUACUUUUCAGACGAUCCCUUAAACUUACAAUUCCUUACUCACCACCGAAGAAGAAAGAUACCUUUUGGUGAGAUAUUGCAACAAAAGCUAUGGGAACUGUGUCAAAAAAUCUCAGUGAUAUCCUGCUUAAAAUAGAAGAAGCAUGUCAAUCAUCUCCAUCAGUGGGACAGAAAGUUUGUCGCUUAGUUGCAGUUUCGAAAGAAAAACCGAUCCAAUCUAUCAUAGAAGCAUAUAAUGCCGGUCAAAAGCAUUUUGCCGAGAAUAAAAUUGUUCAUUUAUUUGAAAAAAGUCAUUCUUCUGAGGUGGUAAAAUUUUGCCCAGAAAUCAAGUGGCAUUUUAUUGGACGGAUUCAAACCAACAAAAUUAAAAAGCUCGCUGGGGUUAACAAUUUGUACAUAGUGGAGACCUUAGACUCAAUAGAUCAUGCUCAAGUUCUUGAUUCAGCAUGGAGUUCAGUUCACCAGGACCCUUUAAAUGUAAUGAUUCAAGUUAACACUAGUGAAGAGCCACAGAAAGGUGGCAUUAAACCAUCUGAGCUAGUAGACCUACACAAGGGGAUAGAAAUGAAGUGCCCGAACUUGAAGGUUGUCGGUCUGAUGUGUAUAGGACAGGAAGGAGUAGAUACCACUGUCGCCCCGAAUCCAGACUUUUUGAGACUUGUACAAUGUAGACAAAUACUCGCAUCGUCUUUGGGAAAGUCACCUUUGGAUUUUGAAUUGAGUAUGGGAAUGUCUGCAGAUUUUGAGCAUGCUAUACGACUUGGAAGUACUAAUGUGCGCAUAGGUACUUCUAUAUUUGGACCACGGUAACCGCAUUACAUGGCUCAAAAGCAUAUCACUAUCGAAGGACAAACUCUCAGCUAGUUUUUUUCCAGUUCAAAUGAUGUGACUAUUUCAAUAAAUUUCCAUCUUCAUUUAUCUGCAUUAACUGAUGAAUUCAGUUUUUCAAUGGUGUUGAAUUUACUUUGUUAUCUUGUUCAUGAAACUGAUGUUUUGAACACUUUCUGAAAAAAUUAAUAAAGACACAAUACAUAAUAGACCAC